AUCCGGUUGCAGAGCCAGUCGUCCUACUUCAUACACUCGCCCGAGAAACAGAGGGAGAGAGAGAAAAAAGAGAAAACUUCUAUUUAUUUCGCUGCUUCUUCUGUUUUUUGUGUUCUCUCCUCCUCGUUUGAUUCUUUUCAAAUCUCAAAUUUCUCACUUAUUCACUUACACACACUCUCUCUCUCUUUCUUGAUUGUUGAACUCAUCUCCUUUUUCCUUAGCCGCCAUGGAUCUAGAUCUAUGGAUUACAAAGGUUAAAGAAGGUCAACAUUUAAUGGAAAACGAACUUCAACUUCUUUGUGAAUAUGUGAAGGAUAUUCUCAUCGAGGAAUCUAAUGUCCAACCUGUAAAUAGCCCAGUCACUGUUUGCGGUGACAUCCAUGGCCAGUUUCAUGAUCUUAUGAAACUCUUCCAGACUGGUGGUCAUGUACCAGAAACUAAUUAUAUAUUUAUGGGCGAUUUUGUGGACCGUGGAUAUAACAGUCUUGAAGUCUUCACUAUUCUUUUGCUUCUAAAGGCAAGAUAUCCUGCACAUAUUACUCUUUUGCGUGGAAAUCAUGAAAGCAGGCAAUUAACUCAGGUUUACGGUUUUUAUGACGAGUGCCAAAGGAAAUAUGGUAAUGCUAAUGCCUGGAGAUAUUGCACUGAUGUAUUUGACUAUCUCACACUCUCAGCCAUUAUAGAUGGAACUGUUCUCUGUGUCCAUGGUGGUCUUUCUCCUGAUGUUCGAACAAUUGACCAGAUGAGGGUCAUUGAGCGAAGUUGUGAAAUUCCUCAUGAAGGUCCUUUUUGUGAUCUCAUGUGGAGUGAUCCCGAGGAAAUUGAAACAUGGGCAGUCAGUCCAAGGGGAGCAGGUUGGCUUUUCGGAUCUAGGGUAACAACAGAGUUUAAUCACAUAAACAACCUGGAUCUUGUUUGUCGGGCUCAUCAGCUUGUGCAAGAAGGUCUCAAGUACAUGUUUCCGGAUAAAGGCCUAGUAACUGUGUGGUCGGCACCGAAUUAUUGCUAUAGGUGUGGAAACGUAGCUUCGAUACUGAGCUUCAAUGAGAAUAUGGAGAGGGAGGUGAAAUUCUUUACAGAAACUGAGGAGAACAAUCAGAUGAGAGGACCCAGAUCAGGAGUCCCUUAUUUCUUAUGAUCUGGGAUCCUGUGUCAUCACAGAAUUAUUAUUUAUAUGAUUUUCAGAAGCUUGGCAAUCCCAUGUCUCCAUCUUCGCCUGAUGAAGAAAGGAAAGCAAAGUUAACACUUGUUACGAGGAAGAGGCCUAAAGCACAUUGAACAUCAUUCUUAUUUCAAGAUGCUGAGCUUCACUGAUCAUGCGAUGUCACUAUUUAUAGUGUUGUAUAUUAGUGAGUUGACCUUUUUAAGUUUUUGAUAUUUUGGGUUGAUGUUAGUUUCAUUAAUAUAAUGUAAUCUAAAACAAAGUUGUGGGUCUGUGUUCGGGUUUUUGGAUUGUUGAUUUGCAAUAGCAUCUGAAAUCUGAAUACAUGCAUUUUCUGUUUAGAUAACAAAUUGUAAAAGCACAUUGGAUGAUGUUAAUGAAAAAUUCAAUUUUAGUUCUUUAUUAAUACA